GAUAAGCGUGGAGAGGAGAGAGGAGUCUGACGAGAAAUCCUCUCAUGUUCUGUCUUCUUCACCAGAGGCAGGGGGAUUGAUUCCAAUUCAAGAAUUCCAACUGAACUGAGGGUGAGGGAUUCGCGAAGAAGAUGAGUUCUGGCCCAAGAGAAAGGCCGUCGAAGCAGCUGUAGGCUGUAGCACUAGCCCAGGUAGUGUACGGCGAUGGGAACCGGCUCGGAGCCGAGCGGCCAGGGUUGGAGCCGAGCUCGCGGCGCCGUCUUGAAGACGCUGGCCUUGAUCGGAGCCGCAGUUUUGGUGAAGCGGCUCACCAAGUCCACCACUCGCCGGGACCACGCUCGCGCCGUCGCUCACUCUCUCGCCGGCCAGAAGACCUCGCGAGAGCAAGCUUCCAGUGCGCCUGAAGAUUACUUCAAUUUCAGAUGGCUUUCAUGCCCAGCUGCAGAGAUGGUGGAUGGUUCAAAGGUUCUGUAUUUUGAACAAGCCUUUUGGAGGACUCCUCAUAAGCCAUUCCGACAGAGAUUUUUCAUGGUGAAGUCUUGCCCAAAGGAGAUGAAAUGUGAUGUUGAGCUAAGAACAUAUGCCAUAAGAGAUGCAGAAGAGUACAAGAAUUUCUGUGAUCGCUCAAAGGACCUACGGCCACAGCCAGAAGAAGUUAUUGGGGACAUAGCAGAACAUUUGACAACUAUACAUCUCAAACGUUGUGAACGUGGCAAGGCCUGCUUAUAUGAAGGUUCCACUCCACCUGACGGAUUUCCUAAUUCUUGGAAUGGUGCUACAUAUUGUACCUCUGAACUUUCAAUCUUGAAGAAUAAUGAGAUACACACCUGGGAUAGAGGCUAUGAUGACGAUGAGAACCAGGUUUGGGGAGUGAAAGAAGGUCCUUACAUAUUCAAGCCUGCACCUGCUUCAAGUUUUGUUGAUGUUUUUUCUCCUGUAUAUUCUCCUCAAUCCUCAGACAAAACCAUAGAGGGUUCAUUUGUUCUCCAAGAAUGAUCCCCUUCACAUAUUAUGUUAUCACUACAACUAAAUCAAACAUCAUAUUAUAUCUACGAAGUGUUGUGCUGCUCACUUCAAGUUUUCACA